AUGCCCAAGGAAGGCGCAAAAGAGUGUCAAAAGAACGACGAAAAAAUCACCCCCAAAAACAAUAGCAAAAGAAGCACCAAAGGACAACGGAUCAAAAUACCCCAAAAAAUAAUUGCGAAAGAAGCACCAAAAAGGAU